CUAUUAGAGUAGGAUAGCGUGGGUUGUUGUUGCUAGCGAAGAUACAUUUAUUCCUGUUUAAUGGGAAGUGAAUAUAACGAUGGGCGAUGACAAUCGAGAGGUUUUAUCUGAAUGGAUAACGCAGCAUCCCAUGUACCAAGAACUGAUGCGCCUGGAUGUAGGUGACAGUGCUCAAGUUUACGCCGCAUUCCUAGUUUACUUGGAUUUGACGGAAGUUCGUAAAUGGAAAGAUGUGGUCGGAAUACCUUGCCAUGAACUGCAGGCGGUUCUGCUGAAAGGUCGCGAGAAAGAAGAUGAGUCUGUUCACAUGGUCUUCCCGUUGCCAGCGCAGAGAACUGUCAGCCAUAAAGACUUCAGGUGUGUAUUAGACAGAGGAAGCCCCAUGCUUCUGUGUGCAGUUGCAUCCGACUCCACUCUGGUGUACCAGAGACUGUGUGAUGGCCUGCUGACCCCUGAUCCUCCAGUGGACAUAAAGGACCAGGGUCACCGACAGCACCGCAAGCGAAGACUCCAAACGUGAAGACGAAUGAAAUGGGCAUUUUGAAAAAUACACAUGCUGUCUGCUGCGAAUAGCAUGGCCUGGCCUGAAUUUGGUAUAAACUAGCUCCCCUUAGAACUUUUAUGAAGCACUGAAAUUAGAGUGAAAUUAGCUUUUAACAGUGACCUGGUGCACCUAGGGGAAAAGUGGAGCUCCUUCAAGACCAUCAAUACUUAAUUCUAGCAAUAUUUUGGCCAAACACUAAUGUGCACUUACAUAUGAUAAAACAAACAAAAACUGUUGAACCAGCUUUUUUCUUCUUCCAGUGAUUACAUUUUGAUUGAUAUUGUCAGCUUACUCAUACACUGGGCUGAUGUUAUUGCUUACAAUGAGGAAGAUAUGAACCAUAAAUCGGAAAGCAAAUGAGACCUUGAGUAGCAACAAGCGAUACUUAACCAUUGUUCUCUACAAUGCCUUCUAGAAAAUGAGUGUCAAACAUUUGCCUCUUUGGGGUGUCCGUGUCACAUCUACUUAGUUCCCCAGUGGAGCGGUACUCAUUCCAGACGUCAGUGUGGAGCAGAGAAACUAUACCACUGUCAACAUACAUUGCUUUUUGUCAGCUGGAAUUUGUUUAGCCUAUUCAAGACCAAAGCUCUAGCAGCUCACUGCAAGAGUUUCUUUAGAAAUGAACUAAAGCUCACUUAUACCCAAAUGUCAAUAAUAUUAAUAUCUAAAUAAUAUGGCCAGUUACAAUUUUCUAAGCAACUUGCAUGUGUUUUUAUGUUUAUUAACUAAUAUUUGCCAUUUAACAUUUUAUUUGAUCCCUUUGUAUAAGUGGAAUACUGGAGAAUACUACUGAAGAAAUCAGUUUAUCUGUGGCUUGAUUUGCUGUUUUAGAUGACACCAUGCACAGCUAGGUGUGCUAUUCGUUAUAGCAACAAGACUUGUUUGGCAAGAUAUAUAAUCAGCCAUUUCUACCACACGGAUCUGUAUGUAUGGAUUCCAGCAAUUAGUCAGGGUGUGGUUUUAGCAAGGUUCAACAGUGAAUUGAUUGACUGUUUCUUGCAGCUUUCAUAAGUAGCCAAAUAUUGAUUUUCUAUCUUCUAUCAAAAGUUUUUCCGAUUAAAUCGGAAUACCAA